AUGGCGGAGAUCCGGGUAGGUGAACUUCCAAUCACCUCGCAGCGCGCACUGAGGUACCUGUGCGUCAUCCUGGACAUACGCCUCUGCUUCAGAGAACACCUUGAGUAUCUUCACAAAAAAGCCAGCGUAACCGCAAGAUCUCUCACCAGGAUCCUGCUAAACACCAGGAGGCCCAAGCAGUGCAAGAGGAAGCUGCUCACGAGCGUCGUUACGUCGCAACUCCUCUAUGCAGCCCCAGCCUGGGCGGUGGCUGUGAGAGUCAAGAGCUACGUGGUGCAAGAAGCUCAGGAAGCCCGCCUCUUACGUGAGCCAGGAAACUCUUCGGCAAGGCGCGAGGUCAGGAGCAGUGCCAGGCGCAGGAGCAUCGCCCGGUGGCAGUGCAGCUGGAUCGGCCGAAAGCACGGCGAGGUAGACUUAUACCUGACACAAGCACUCAGUGGACACGGUUAUUUUCGAAGCUACCUCAAGCGAUACGGCCACGACUCAGAGGACCACUGCCCUGAAUGCGGUACCGGAGUGAAAGAGAACGUGCACCACGUUCUUUUUGAAUGCCAUCGAUUUUACCACGAGCGGCUAGCUCUGGAGGAGGUCGUGGGCGUUGCCAUCGGAGCUGUAGUAGCUGUAGUCCCCACCAUGCUUUCCAGCCAGAAGGCCUGGGACGCGACUGCCAUGUUCGUGGCAAGCGUCAUGAAAACGCUGAGGACCCUGGAGACGGAGAGAAGGAUGCGCGCGGAGUAG